GUCUCGAUUGAACAAAGCAUCAUUUGAUCAUUUACUUUAAGAUGAAACAUUCGAAAUUUAUAUUGUUUGCGCUUUUCGCUCUCGUCGUCUAUAUCACCGCUGAGCCAGAGGCUUUGGCUGAACCCGAGCCCGAAGCUCUAGCCGAAGCAGAUGCUUUAGCCAAUCCCGAAGCAGAUCCAGAUGCAGAAGCAGAAGCUUUUGCUGAAGCAUAUCCAGAUCCACUGAGAAAACGUAAAGGUGGAAGUUUGGGCAAAAGUAAAACCGGAAGCAAAACCAAAAACAAAAAUAAUCCUGGCCGUGUAAUUUUAAGAGUAAAAGAAAAAAGAGGUAAAAAACAAAAGACAUCUUGUUGUUGCAGCAAUAAGUGUAAAAGACGCUGUCAAAAUUGCAAAAGGAAUAAAAAGAUCAAAAAGACUAAAAAGACCAAAAAGACCAAAAAGACUAAAAAUACUAAAAAGAACCGAACGUCGAAGAAAUGUAAACGAUGUCCAGGUGUUUAUCCAAUACCAUAUCCAGGCGGUCCUUAUCCAGGAAACAACAACGUGUCUACCGCGUCCUCAGCUGGCUCUUCAUCGACAGCUAGUGCAAGCACUACAGAGGCCAGCAGCACAACUGGCACCGUGGCAACAGCUAGUACAGUGGGAACACCUAGUACAGCAGCAACAACAUCCACAUAAAUUGCAUGAAAUUUUAUUAAUUUGAGUCAAUGCACUUUUUAAUCUUCUUUUUUACACUUUCUAAUUAAAGACGAAGAAAGAAAAACUCCAUUUAAAUUCUCAUUGAAUUUAUUUACGAAAAUUUUGGCUAAAUCAUAAUUUAUAUAUUAACUUUGCAAUUCUUAUAAUCGAUCCUUAAACAAAUAGUUAUAAAACAUAAUGUUUGCUUACACAUUAUUUUGGCAUGAUAAAGGUUAACAACAUACAAAAGAAAAUAAAUAUAAAUGACAAAUAGCGGGA